AUGAUUAAUGAUCAAAAAGUUAAACUUGGACCUAUAAAUACAAUAUGUCAAAAUAGAAAUCGUCCAUUAAUAUUUGGUAUUGGCAGUCCACAAUUUUCUGGGUGGAGAACAGAGAACUUUGUUAUAAAAAUUAACAAAUCUGAUUGUUGUGUAAAAACAAAUAAUGGAAGCAUAUUAUUGAUUGAAAAUAUAGCUACUUGUGAAACAUCUAAAAGAAUCAUGGUGAUUGGUAGAUGUUAUGAACAACAAGAACCAUUAUUUCUACAACCAUGUAAUUCAACUUUAUUUGGGAUUUACAGAGUAUCUAAAUUAGGUGCUCUUCGAGCAUUUUAUAUUGAUGAUAUUAAAGAAAAACUUGUUCGUUUACCUUUAAAUGAAAAUAUUGGAUUGAUGGUAAUAAUUCCAUUCAUUCACAAUGAUGAUUAA